AUGUCUGAAGGGGUGGCAGACGUGCCAACGGCACCGGCAACUCCAAUUGCGCCCACGGCCAUGGCCAUGGCUACAGUCUCCACUCCCACCAACAGCACUACCGACCCAGACGGCCUUGCGGCCGGUCCUGACGGUGGUGACGGUGGCGAUGGCGGUGAAGGUAGCAACACACCCGACGUCGACAUGAAGGACAGCAGCCUCGUGGCCAUCACAGGAACGCCAACCACGCCAUCGUCCACGCCGCAGAAGGAACGCCACUCGCUCACGCUGGACCAGCGACGGGCGCUCAGGCGCUGGGCCAACACGCAGCCCAACCGGCCAUCACACAAGCAGUGCAUCGAGUGGUUCCACCGCGAAUACCACCAGACCAUCUCGCAGUCUACCGUCUCGCACAGUCUCUCGCCCAAGUAUGCCCGUCUCGACGGCGAGCCUCAGCUGUCGGGCAGCCGUCUGCGCUUUGGCAACUGGCCCGAGGUCGAGAAGCUCGUCCUGCUGUGGUACCAGCAGAUGACCAAUGCCGGCCGGCAUCCGACUAACGAAGAGCUGGCCGACAAGGCCAAGAGCAUCUUCACCCAGCUGCCGCGCCACCGUGGCGAGGAGCCGCCCGAAUUCUCGCCCGGCUGGAUCCAUCGCUUCAAGAAGCGCUACGGUCUGCUGAUUCGCCGCCAGCGUCGCCAGUCGGGUCUCGGCGUCGAUCCGUCCGGCAACAGCGACCAGGCUGCCGACAUUGGCUACCUGAUCGACACCCUCCCGGGCCUGAUGGAUGUCGUCGCCGACACGAACCCGGUGGACAUCCGGGACACCUUGCAGCGCACUCUGGGCAUCGAGCCGUCCAUUGCGGUGUGCACCCGUGUGCGCAACGAGCUGGUGCACUAUGCCAUCUCAGCAUCGCCAGCCGCUGUGCCUGGAGCUCCUACUGGGCCGCCUGGGCUGGCAUCGGCCACCACAACCUCUGAAGCCUCGGCAGCCACGGCCGCCGCAGCCGCUGUGGCCGCAGCUGCGGCUGCAGCUGCCGCCGCGUCCGCAGAUUACGGGGCUUCGCGGUGCGAUAGACAUGACCCACAGCAGCAGCAGCAGCAGCAGCAGCAGCAGCAGCAGCAAGGCGGUAGUGCCGGCAGCAGUGGUGCUAGCCAUCAUUCCAACGGCCCUGACUCGACGUCAGUCUAUCCAAACCCGGACGACGACCCAGAAAUGGUGCUGCAGAACGCGCUGCGACAGCUACAGCAACAGGACGAGGUCGAGGCUGCUGAGGCUGCUGCAGCAGCUGCUGCUGCUGUCGCAACAGUUGCUGCUGCCGCUGGCUCAGUCGCAGAUGCAGCAGAUGAUGCCCGCCACCGCGCCGAGCUGAGCGUGCCGGCCACGCCGUCAAAGGGAGGCGGGGAUGCAAACGCACACCUCAACACGUCGGCAUCCUCGGCCCCAGUCGCAGACCAGCCGUUGCGGUGUCCCUUUUGCGUCAACCAGCGGAUGCUGCGGACGAUCAAGGAAGCCGUAGAGCACAUGACAACACAUGUGGUCAUGGAGUAG